AUGCCCUCUCGUCUGGCACUUACAGGUCUCGCUUCCCUCAAGUCGCUCUCUUCUACUACUUCCUGGCUUCCGCCAAGGACAUGCCGUAGCCUAUCCACUUCCGCUCAGCGUGCUCGUGGACGCGCCGCUCUCAAGCCUGCGCAGCGCAUAGCAGGGGCUCGGCACUUUCACUCGUCGCGACCCAGUCUAGAGCCGAAGGAUCCUUACCAAGUCCUGGGAGUAAAGAAGGACGCUACCGCGGCAGACAUCAAGAAGGUUUACUUCUCUCUGGCAAGGAAGUAUCAUCCAGACACCAAUCCGGACAAGAACGCCCAGGCCAAAUUCGUGGAGAUCCAGGAAGCGUACGACAUCCUCAAAGAUGACAAGAAACGCGCAGCCUACGAUCAAUACGGCUCUGCCUCGCAGCAGCCGGGUUUCGACCCGAACGCAUUUGGUGGUCAAAACCCCUUCGGUGCAGGUUUCAGCGGCUUUGGUGGUGGUUUCCCGGGCUUUGGCGGGUCCUCCUUCGGCGGUGCCAGUCAACAAGAGCUGUUUGACCAACUCUUUGGUGCUUUUGGUGGCCGCCCACGGGGCUCACGCGGCCGCCCAGAGAAUUUGCGGGGGGAGGACUUGAAUGCGUCUGUGAACAUCAGCUUUAUGGACGCCGCCAAGGGCGUCAAGAGGACCAUAAACGUCACAAAAAUCGUGGAUUGCGCGCCCUGCACGGGUUCCGGGAUGAAACCAGGUGCCAAGCGCAAUUCCUGUUCGGCCUGUAACGGUACCGGGACCCGAACAUUCGUCAUUGAGAGCGGCUUUCAAAUGGCAAGCACAUGUUCUGCCUGUGGUGGUACGGGUUCAACGGUCCCGCGCGGUAGUCAGUGCGACAGUUGUGGCGGGGUAGGGAAAGUUAGGCAGCGUGCGAAUGUAGAUGUCCCGAUACCUGCAGGCGUCGAAGAUGGAAUGACCAUUCGAGUCUCGAAGGCUGGAGACGCGCCGAUGUCCGGAACGGGCGCCCCGGGCGAUCUGCUCGUACAAGUCAAGGUCACUCCCUCAAAAGUUUUCCGAAGACAAGGGGCAAAUCUCUACCACGAGGCGCAUAUACCUUUGCAUACCGCAGUGCUCGGUGGUCGGGUACGUGUGCCCACAUUAGACGGUGAUGUGGACGUACGUGUGCCCGGAGGCACUCAGCAAGGUGAAGAGAUGGUCUUGAAGUCACGAGGGAUGCCUCAGAUCUACCGCCAGCAGGACAAGGGCGAUCUUUUCGUCACGUUCUCCGUCAAGCUCCCGAGGUCCUUGACCCCCCGGCAACGUGAAAUCCUGCAGCAAUACGCGGAUGACGUGGAGGGCAGAACAACCAAACCAGCGCAAUCUCCGACAUCUGAUACUGCGCCCGCGGCGGACGCUGAAGAAGACGACGCCGCGUCUGACAAGAAGCACGACAAGACGGAGCCUGAGAAACGAAGAGCCACGGCGUGA